AUAGUGUUUAUUUUUGAGGUCUCUACCAUGGCUACAGACGGAGAUAGUAUGGACGAUGAUGUGUUCGAAACUUUAGAAGAUAUUGACAGUAGACUCAACGUAUCUGAUAGGAAUUUUUCACAAAAAGGAGGCACGCCAUCUCCUACGGGUUAUAGAAACUAUAAACCUCCUGAUGAAGUGUUGAAAUUAGCCGAGAACGAUGUAAUAGAAUCUACAGAACCUGCAAUACAUAAGACAAUUUUGCUGGGAGACAGUGGAGUUGGAAAGACAUCGCUUUUGGUUAAAUUCGACACUGGAAAAUUCCAAUCUGGGAAUUUUUCUGCAACCGUCGGUAUCGGAUUUACUACGAAAGUAGUUACUGUGAAUAAUACAAAAGUAAAGCUGCAAAUAUGGGAUACAGCUGGACAAGAAAGAUUCAGAAGCGUCACGCAUGCAUACUAUCGAGAUGCUCAUGCUUUACUUUUGCUUUAUGAUGUUACUAACAAAACAAGCUUUGACAAUAUUCGAGCCUGGUUGGGUGAGAUACGUGAAUACGCACAAGAUGACGUUGUUAUUAUGUUAUUAGGUAAUAAAGCUGAUUGUGGUGCAGAGAGGGCGGUUAGAAGAGAGGAUGGUGAAAGAUUGGCGAGAGAAUAUAGCGUGGCAUUCAUGGAGACAUCUGCCAAAAGUGGACAAAAUGUUGAGCUGGCUUUUGUAGCAGUGGCGCGUUCUGACGAACCCGAAGAAAGAUUGGUUAUUUCACGUCGGAUUCGAAAUACGUUUUACGUAAAAUAUAUACCCGGUGAUAAAUGUAAGUUCAAGGAGGUUGCUUAUCAUUGGGGCUUAGCGUUUGCAAAUGGAUCAAUGAAACUCUACGAAGAAUACCACAAAAAGGAUUACGUAUUUGUUGUGGAACCUUUCACUUUAACUUAUCACAGCCAACCUUACUAUUUAAUGUUUGUUGUUUAUGAAAUGUAUAAAAACACAAAGAAGAUAGGAGAAUUGAAAGCUGCUUGUAGUUUCGAGGUGAGUCGAGAAAAUCCUAUACCGAUCAUAAAAGGUGGAUUGGAAAUUUCUGUAGAUAGUGGAAAAGACAUUGUAAUUGACGGUGCUGGUUCCAUUGACUUAGAAGUUCCUCAUGGUCAAAAAGGUCACCUUCAGUUCAAGUGGAGUUGUACAGUCAGCGACGAUAAACUAUCCGAAUUUUGUCAAAAAAAUCUUGGUAAAAAUUCCAUGGUAAAAAUACCAGCGCGUUAUGCAGUACAUAAUUCAAUUUAUACAUUCACCCUCAGUGUAAAAAGUAGAGAAUCUGAUUGGCAAUCUACAAAUCAAAAAGUUAAUAUAUUUACCGGAGCGUCAUCCAUAGAAAUCAUUUGCGAGAAAAAUUGCCCUCCUGAUGUACCGGUAUCAAAUGCCAAGCAAGUUACCAUUUUCGAAGUAAAGUGUAAAGUGAACUGUAAAAACAUAAACUCCAAUCUAUAUAAAUGGUCGAUUAACUCUGAUUUUUCAUAUGAAUCUGCCACCAAAUUUGGAAGACAAGGUCCUGUAUUUUAUAUCUACGAAAAAAUUUUAACCGAAGGCCAAACUUAUGAGGUAUCUGUGGAAAUAACAAAUGAGCAAGGUAAACAGGAAACAAUUCAAUUUUUAGACUAA